AUGAAUAAUUAAUAGAAUUUAGAAUUGAAUUUUGAUAAUUAAGCUCAUUUUUAGAAUAGAUCUAUGAAUCAAUUUUAAUAGAAUGAUUAACAUAUUUAAUAUGAAGACAUGGUGGCGUAAAAGAUAUAAGAAUUGUAGAUUAUUUAAGGAUAAGAGAUAAAAUAAUUAAAAUAAAAAUUAAUAGAAAAAGAGCACAUUAUAUAAGAUCUUAAUGACAAAUUUAACAAAUUGGAGGAAAACUUUAAUUAUAAUUUACAAGUAAUUGAUGCUAGAGAUCAUGAUAUCUCUGAAUUAAGUGCUAAAAUGAUAGAAUUAAAAUAAAUUUGUGAUUAGAAGAAUUUUAGAAUAGAGGAACUAGAAAAAGAAGUAUAAGAAGCAAGUAGAGGACAAGACGAAGUUAAAGAUAGAAUGGCAGAAAAGAAUCGUCUCCUAUAUGAUAAAAUUGAAGAAUUAAAAUAAGAAGUCAAGUUUUAUAAAAAUAAUUACAACUAAGAAUUACUAAAACAUAAGGAAUCUGCUAACCGUUUAUCAAAUAUGGAAAAAAUUAUGUAAGAAAAUGAGUAAAAAGUAAGGUUAGAGCUUGAAAAUAGAAUCGACUAAAUAAAAUAACAAUAUAUGACUGAAAUUCAAAAACUAGAAAGUUUAUUAGAAUAAGCUAAAAGAUAAAAAGAAACUCAUACAAGCGAAAUUCAAACUUAAAACGAGAGAUUGUUGAAGUAAAAUGAAGAAUUGCUUGCAGAGAGAAUUUAAUUAAAAGCUUAAUUGAUUGAAAAAGAAAGAGCACAAGCUUAAGAAAUAUAUGAAAGAAAUGCAAGAGUUUAAGAGGCUUUAACUCUAGCUUAACAUGCAUAGUAGGAAGCAUAGAAUUUAAAAUAAGCUAAUAGCGGUUGGGAUGUUGUAAUGAGAGAGAAAUUGCAAAUAGCAUAACAAGAAAAAGAAGAUAUACUUCAAAUGCUCAAUCAACAUAAAUAGAAAUCAAAGUAAAAAAUUUAAAAUAUUAGAGAGGAAGGCGAAAGAAGAUUUGAAGAGCUUAUUAGGGAAAAUUCUGCAAGAGUUAAAAGACUUCAGUAAGAAUUAAGAGAUACUUAGCAGUAAAACGACUUUUUAUCAUUAUCUGAGAAAAAUUUAAAAGAAAAAUUAUAAGAAGCUCUGUCAAGCAAUAGAAGGGAAGUAGAAGAGAUAGAGCAUAAGAAUAAUCUCUACUUAAAAAAUCUUGAAGAAGAUAAGAGGCAGUUAAGGAAUGAAAUAUAAAUUAAAGAAUUUUAGAAUAAUUAGUUGAAUGAGGAGAUUCAGAGAGAAAUUAAGAAGUAUGCGAUGUUGGAACAGGAGUUUAAGGAAUAAUCUGAUCAGCUCACAUAACUAGAAAAAGAAAAUACAAUGUUAAUUGAAGAAUUAGUCUUGUAUAAAAAGAACUUCCCAAAUGUUAAUUUUGGAUAGUAAAUGCAAAGGAGAAGUUUUUACCCUUUGUAGCAACAUUAAAGCCCUUUUAAAAAGGAAUAUGAAUAAGCUCAAGGAUAAAAAGAUGAAUCUUUUGAGAAACUAUUUAGCCAAGAUAUGGGUUAUGUAAACGUAGGAUCAUCUUUGAUGGGAAAUAAUCCUCAUCCAUAAUAAAAUUUUAAUGAGCAUAUUCCUUUACCAGAAAACAGAUCUUAGCCAUUUGAGCAAUUUUAAAAGAUAAAAGAGUUGGAAUUUGACAUUAAGACAUACAAAGAUUUAAUUGAAGACAUGACAAAAGAGAUGGAAAGAGUCAAACAAAAACUUGAAUUCAAUAACUAGGAACUUAGACUAUCUAAAGAAGAGUGUAUAGAAUUAAGAAAUAGAGUAAGUGAAUAAAAGCUUGAUAUUAUCAGUAUGAGGGAAAAGCUUUAAAAAUAUGAACUCGAAAAUAAAGAGCUUAGUAAAGAUAUAUUAGAAAAAAAAACUUAUGAGUAAAUACAGUAGACUAUCAAGCUCAAAGAUGAAGCCAUUGAAACUUUAAAAUAAAAAAAUAAUAAAUAUCAGAAAGAAAUUAAUUAAUUGAGAAGAGAAAGAGAGUCUUUAAGUGAAAUAAGUGCUUAGCUCAAAUCUAAAUGUAUUGAGUAUGAAGAGCGUUUAGAGAUAGGAUAGUAUGGAGAUAAAGGAGUAGAUCCGUAAGAACUGAGAGCUUAAAAUUAAAUUUUCAUAUAGUAGUUACACUAAAUGGAGCUGUAACUACAAAACUGCGAAGAAGAACUUAAAAAAUGGUAAAAAAUAGAUGUUGAAAAAUAAUAAAUCAUAGAAUAAUUAAAGGAAGAACUUAUUCAAAAUAAUAAGCUAUUUAAAAAUAAAUCAAUUCCUGCUUUAUCAGUGAUCUCUCAUUACAAUCAUAUGAAAAGAUAAGAGGCCGCUUAAAAAUAACAUCCUUAGUAAGCAUUUAAAAAUAUUCCUAAAUAUGAUUAAUUCGAAGAAAUUGAUGAUGUUCCUGUGAAGCUAAACAAACCAUAAAAUAUUUCAAAUAAUAAUAGCUUGAGUCCUCAAAAACAUAAUUAAUAAAUUCAAAAUACAUAAAAUGAAAAAGCUUUUAAUUCAUAAGAUAAAAUACUAAAAUAGGCAGAAAAAUAAUUUAAAAAAGAGUUGAUAGAAUUGUAUGAUCAUGUAAAUCCUGAUAGUAAUUAAUUUAUAAAAGGAAAGCCUUAAAUGUUUGCUAACUAUUGA